AUGUGCGGUUCCCCCAGCUGGCAAUACGGGCUAAAUGCGAUUCCUGCGUCGUUGCUCGUGGCGGCAGCGUUGUGCAGAAUAUUACUUCCUGAGCUUCGUCCCCAUCGCCAGCUUUUUGAUAUGGCUAUGCCAUGGCACGAGCUCCUUGUGAGGGGCCUUACUCUGCCCAGUGACAAUCGAACUGGGUCUGCCCGCGAUGGCUCUGAAGGUGGCACUCUCAGCACGUCGAGCGGCAACAAGACAGCGUCUCUGUCCAAACUUGGUGCUACUUUUGCUCCCGUCGGCAUAUAUCUGGGCCUAUGCCUGACCUGUUUCAUUCUGCUACGAAAUCGGUCCAAGCGAGUCUACGCGCCGAAAACCAUUCCUAGCCUCCGGUAUCCAGAGAAACCCAUCCCUGAAUUGCCCUCCGGCUUGUUCAACUGGAUCGUACCCUUCUUCAAGAUUCCAGAUACCUACCUUCUCAACAAUGGCUCCCUUGAUGCCUACUUCUUCCUCCGCUAUCUCAAGGUUCUACGAAACAUUAGCUUCGUCGGCUGCUGUAUCGUGUGGCCCAUUCUCCUUCCGGUGCACGGCACUGGCGGCAACGAUCUUGAACAGCUCGAAUUCUUAACCAUUGGAAACGUCGCCACUGGUUCUAAAAAGCUAUGGGCCCAUGCCGUCGUUGCUUGGCUGUUCUUCGGAUUCGUGCUCUUUACCGUCGUUCGAGAGUGCAUUUACUUUGUCAACCUGCGCCAGGCGUAUCUGUCGUCGCCGUAUUACGCCGAUCGACUGUCGUCCAAAACAAUGCUUCUGCUCUGUAUCCCCAAGCCCUAUCGCGACGAAGCAAGACUGCGAAAGCUCUAUGGUGAUUCAGCGAAGCGCAUCUUCCUCCCACGCACAAGCAAAGACCUGGCGAAUCUGGUUGAGGAGAGAGAGCAGACGGCUCUGCGGCUAGAGAAGGCCGAGAUUACUCUCAUCAAAAAGGCCAAUGCCGCGCGCAACAAAUGGCUUAGCAAGCACCCAGAAGCUGGCAAUGUGCUCAACAAUCCCGGAAAGGAAGCGGAGGAGGCGGCAAAGAGAAACGAGAUCGCGAUGCUGAGUAGUGCCGAAACUGUCCAACACCCCAAAGGGCCGCUGGAAGUCACCUUGGAGCUUGAGAAUCUGAAGAGCUCCAUCAGCGUUAAAGCCGGCGACGAGCAAGCUAAUCCAGAGCAAGAGGUGGAAAUCAACGCCGAGGACUUGGACUAUGUGCAUCCGUAUGGCCUGAGGUCCACCUUGCCGGACGUCAGAGGCUCCGUUGCGGGUGAAUGGAUCCCAGCUCAGGCUCGGCCAUAUCAUCGACCCAUUGGCAACUUUGGACGCCGAAUGGAUACAAUCAAGUGGACUCGAAACCGGCUCAAGGAGCUCAACAUCCAGAUUUACAAACUGCGGCGCCAAAUCAAGAGAGGCGAUGCCGAGCCUCUUCCGGCUGCCUUUAUCGAGUUUGAUACCCAGGAAGCUGCCCAUGCCGCACAACAAGUCGUUGUGCAUCAUUUGCCUCUACAGAUGGCCCCCGGUCUGCUUGGGAUUCGCCCUGAAGAGGUCAUUUGGGAAUCUCUGAGAAUGAAGUGGUGGGAGCGCAUCGUCCGACGCCUGUUUAUUCUCUGUGGCAUCACCGCCGCCAUCAUCUUCUGGUCGAUUCCCUCGGCUUUCAUCGGCGCCGUGUCCAAUAUGGACUUUUUAACCAAGGAGAUUCCGUUCCUUCACUGGCUCGACAAGUUGCCGUCUUUCGUGAAGGGCGUUAUUGGCGGUUUCCUUCCGCCAUUUGCCUUGUCUGUGCUCAUGGCGCUGGUGCCAAUCCUGCUGAGGAUUUGCGCCGCCCAAACUGGCAUUCCUUCGCUCAUCAUUGGGGAGCUCUUCACGCAAAAUGCAUACUUUGCUUUCCAAGUGGUUCAGGUCUUCUUGGUCACCACCAUCACCUCGGCUGCCUCGGGUGCACUCCAGGACAUUAUCCAGGAUCCCCUCAGUAUCCAGAAACUUCUCGCGCAGAAUCUGCCCAAAGCAUCCAACUUUUACCUCUCCUACAUCUUGAUCCAGUGCUUGGCUAGUGGUGGGUCACAUUUGCUGCAGGUGUUUUCAUUGAUUCGCCAUCAUAUUGUUGCAAAGGCUUCCGAUGUGCCCAGGACUCGAUUGAAAACAUGGCGCAACCUUCGGCCCGCUCGCUGGGGUGGCAUCUUUCCCGUAUUUACAAACAUGGGAGUCAUUACACUUUCAUAUGCUUGCAUUGCGCCAUUGAUUUUGAUAUUCAGCGCCGGGGGUAUGGCGUUCAUGGCCAUUGUCUGGAAGUACAACCUACUCUACGUCUUCGACACCACAACGGACAGCAAGGGCCUCUUCUAUCCGCGAGCAUUACAGCAGCUGAUCAUUGGGCUUUACCUCGCAGAGAUCUGUUUGAUUGGUCUCUUGAUUCUAAACUCUGCGUUCGGGCCCAUGGGAUGUGUCAUUGCCCUCCUUCUUCUGACGGGCCUGAUUCACUUCCUACUCAGAGACGCCAUCUCGCGCCUCAUGUGGAGCCUGCCGCAGACGUUGGCACUGGAAGAGCAAAUCCAGCUGGAAGAAAAGGCAAGACUCUCCAACCACGACGAUGGAGAAACGCACGGAAACGAUGCCGGCGGUGCGGCAGCAAGCUACUUUGAUGUAGAACAGGCAUUCGGAGAGGAAGAGGUGGACAUUGAGGAGAUUGACGACGAUGAUCACCAGGUAGUUGGCAACAGGGCUCUCGAAGGGGCCGCCAGUAUCCGGCAAGCCCUGACGGCAUGGAUGAAGUCGGCUGCUAUUGAAAAAGUGAAGACGGGGAUGGAAAAGUCGGGGCUCAACGCAAUGCUGGCCAAGGUGUUUGCAUUCGCAAGGAGCGGAAAUGGAGAAGAACCUCCUGGCUUCCUGGUGCGGUGGCUGCACCCAGAAGAGCAUGAAGACUUUGUGGCACUGCGCAAGCUGCUUGUCCAGGAAGACCGGCCACCGAUUGUGUAUACGGAUGGCGACAAGUAUGCCACCUAUCAGCCCCCUGAGCUCUGGACGCCGAAGCCAACUCUCUGGAUACCAAGGGACGAGGCUCGAGUGAGCAGACAGGAGAUCAUGAUGGACUAA